AUGGAGGGGCAAUUGCUGUCAAACGACUGUCAAGAGCUUCACAUCAAGGAGUGGAAGAGUUCAAGAACGAAUGGGUACAUGUCACCAGAAUACGCUGGAGACGGCCUCUUCUCAGUGAAGUCGGAUGUGUUUAGCUUUGGAGUUAUAGUGCUUGAGAUAGUGAGCGGCAAGAGAAAUAGGAGAUUUUGUUACUUAGAUGAGGAGCUCAACUUCCUAGGAUAUGCGUGGAUGCUAAACAGAGAAGAGAGGUCACUGGAAUUGAUUGAUCCAUGCCUCACAAAUUCAUGCAAUGAUGUAUCACAGCAAGUGUUGAGAUCAAUCCAUGUGGGCCUUUUAUGUGUUCAACAACACCCAGAUGAUAGGCCAACCAUGUCUUCAGUGCUACAGAUGCUGAGCAACGACACUGUGUUCCUACCAGAACCUAAACAUCCUGGGUUUUUCAUACAAAGAGAGAUGCCAGAGGCUAAUUGGAGCACAGGAAAAUGUACAGAAGCACAACUAUUCCAAUUUUUAGACUUGGGAAUGUGA